AAUUCCUAUCAGAGAUGGUGGACGUCGAUCACAUCAGCUUGUCUCCCGUGUCUGCAGCAACGAACAAAAAGAACUCAUAUGAAGAAGGACAGAAGAGAGUAUCGAAUAUUUCUAGAUUUGUAACUGAGGAUGAAGAGAUCAUGAGUCACGAAAACUACGGUGAGAAUUCUGCUAUCAAUCUGUCCACAUCGCAAGUCACUCGAGGAUCAGCAGCAGCUAAUGGAACAGCUGACUCGGAAGAUAGCCAGAGCUCUAGCAAAGCCAUUGGCAAAGGCUGUGACUCAGUCCCUGAUGCACCACCUAUGAGCUCAGCUCAACUUCUCAUGGUACCCCAUCAAGUCCAGAUGCAACAGUUCCUUUCCCCUGGACAAAUACAACAGUUCCUGCAACAACAAGCGCUUUAUUAUCAACGGCAGCAGCAGCAUCAACAGCAACAACUAAAGCAGCUUGAAUCUUUCAUCCCCCACCUUCAAGAGCAGCUACAAAUGAACAUGAUCCAACAGAAUCAAGUAUUACAACAACUAACUAGUCUCCCUGUAGAGAUAUCCUCAGAAAAAGGUCCACGACAGCAGUUGCAAUUACAACUUCAACAAUUGUCCGCACAACAACACCAGCUAAUCCAACAAAUGCAACACACGCAUCGACAGUAUUUCAUGACUGCCAAUCCCUAUAAUCCAACUGCACAAGGUGAGAAACCCGAUUCGAAUAUGCCUCCGUGGAAGGGAAACGAAGAGUUAAACAUAACAAAUGGCAACCACCAGAAUUCAGCUUCCACAUCCCAACAAAACGGACAACCUAAUGUGGGGUCACCUUCAUUGACUCCUCCAUCUAAUCGCAGGACAGCGACUCCAAAGGAGGAGCCUCCAACCCAUCUCCUUUACGGACAUGGAGUUUGUAAAUGGCCCGGAUGUGAAACCUUCUGCGAUGACUAUCAGGAUUUUAUCAAGCAUUUGAAUGUUGAGCACCAAUUAGACGAUCGCAGCACAGCUCAAGCUAGAGUUCAGAUGCAAGUAGUAUCUCAAUUGGAAAUGCAGCUGGACAAAGAGAAGAAUCGACUUCAAGCGAUGAUGGAUCACCUACACAUGAAAUCAUCUGCUUCAGGGAAUGCGGAAGCUGUAAGUUAUGAAGUCGUAAAUUAUGUCAACAACGGUUCUAAAAAUACUAACAACUGCAAGUUUCCUUUUUCAAAGUCCAUGCCACAAUCCCCUCCUCUAAAUCUGCUUCCUACUUCCAAUCAAAUGCCAUUAUCUAUGUCAAAUAUACCAUCUUCUUUGCUAAACAUUCCAUCUAGACUUCUUCCAUCACUAAAUCAACCAUUACUACCUUCCUCUGCGGGACCUAUGAGAAGAAGACUCAGUGACAAAGGAUAUCACCAUCAUCCGCUCUCUAGUUUUGAUUCUCAUGGAUACCCCGAAGUUCCUGUUCGUAGAAGGGCGGCUGAAAGAGUCAAUCUGGAUAUAACGGAAGGUGAAAUUACAAGAAACCGAGAGUUCUACAAGAACGCAGACGUCCGUCCUCCUUUCACCUACGCAUCCCUUAUAAGGCAGGCGAUAAUUGAAUCUCCAGAGAGGCAGCUAACACUAAACGAAAUAUACAACUGGUUCCAGAAUACAUUUUGUUACUUUAGAAGAAAUGCAGCUACGUGGAAGAAUGCAGUACGUCACAACCUCAGCUUGCACAAAUGUUUCAUGAGGGUAGAGAAUAUAAAAGGUGCAGUGUGGACUGUGGACGAACUAGAAUUCUACAAGCGCAGACCGCAGAGGUUGCAAGAGCGCAUUGGGACCCUUUCACUUGGCUUGGAAAACCAAAGCCCUCCAAUGUGUCCAAAAGAAUAUGCCGAAAGUCUGGCAACAACAACUCAGAACAAUUCCAAUAAUUUAUCAAACUACGUAACAAUUACUCCGAUGAAUGAUAACAUGAAUUCAACAGCUUGUCAUACGGUAACGUCUUCAGGAUCGAUGUCAUCAUGCGCUUUGAGUGAGACGGAGAACUUCGUUUCAAAUCUUAUGUGCCACGCAAUGGAUAUGUCAAAUACAGAACAAACACGAAAUGUAUUAGUUAAACACGAACCUCCCAACGAUAAUAUGAGUGAUCUUGGUGAUCAAUAUCUGGUAGAAGAACCUGAAGAAGUUAGUGGGUCUGAAGAAGCUGAAGAUUUAUCAGCAUCACAAAAUAACGGAUGUUUAGGUCAGCAUCACAGAUCAAAACCAUCAACAAGACCCAAUUCUGAAUGAACUACUAUUUACUUAAAACUCACAUUGGGUAUUAUAAGACAUGUGAAAAAAUGGAUUUUAACGACGAUUGAAAGAUAGAAAGUUUAUGCUAAAGAAACUAUAUGGAUGUAUAUUUACAUAUGCAUCCUACCAGUCAAAAGUGUUAACUAUGCCGAGAUAUUGUAGUGUUGGCAUUUUUUACUUCAUUACCUUGUGAUUUUUCCUAAAGUGGAACCAAACUGUGAAUAAACGUCGCUCAGUACCUCGAACCUGUUAUGUUCACCUAUUCCAGUCAACAUCUUUUGAUACAAACUAUGAUUUUAAUAUGUUGGUUAUGUAAAGUCAUAGUUGUCAGCACAUUGUUGUUAAGCAUGGCGAAUGUGUUAUAAUAAGCUUAGUUUCCUCCAUAGUUUAGCCAAACAUCAUAUUCAAUAUAAAAGUAGGCCAUUUUUAAUAUGAAAUAAACAUCUGUCCAAACAUCAGUCAUCUCUUUUAAAAGUGGCUGGAGAAGCAACAUUAAAGUCUGUUAAAUGCAAGUUGAUUUUAGAAAGAAAAAGUUUUAUUUCAUAAUUCGUUGUGAUACAUCACUUUUAUAUAAAAAGCAUGCUUUGAAAAACCAAAAAAAAAAAAAGAAUACUGAAAUAAGUUACAUCAGAUUCUUUCAUAAUUGUGUAGUAUUUAAUAUUAAGUUUCAGAUAUACAUAUUCAUGCUAUAAUGCGUUCGAUUUUUCAUGUUAUUUUGCAGUUUAAGAUUCUUCCAAAGCAUUGAUCACAGAUUGAAAUGGGUGUAAGAGCAUUACAAAAUCUUACUUUGUAAAUAAAUACUUAACCAGUCUAUAAUGUUGAAUCAUUUCCUUUGUCUCUCU